UGGGACAGAAGUUUCCUUCACUUUUGGAUGCUAAGGAUAAAUAAGAAGCGCUUGCAAUGAGGAUGCAAACCUGAUCUAAACUGGAGUAUAAUGCAGGACUGGCUUUGAACUGGGAGUGUUGUGUUUUGUUUUACGCAUCUUCUCUGAUGGUUGGGGACCUCUAGUCCUCUGUGUUUGUUCAUCCCUGAGAUGAUCGGUAAUCUGAUCCCAGAUUGGCUGGAAGUAACGUGACAGAGCAGAUCGCGAUGAACGUGUUGCUCGCGCUGUGCGUGGCGCUCGCGGUCGCGCGCGGCAGCAGAUACUGUCCUGAGCGGAUGAUUGACAGCUGUCACUGCACCGCGGAGAGAUCAAAGCAGUUUAACAGGCAGAGCGUGCGCGUGAAGGUUGUGUGUGAUGAUGCGGACCUGACGGAAACCAUGCAGCCCAGCUCGUUACCCAACACCACGGUGUCUCUGAUCCUGAGCAACAAUAAGAUCUCGACACUGAAGAAUAACUCUUUCCUCGGUCUGCGAGCUCUGGAGAGACUGGAUCUCAGCAGUAAUCUCAUUAGCAGAAUUGCCCCCGGCGCGUUUCAUGGCCUGACGGCUCUGAGGAAACUGGAUCUUUCCAGCAACAGGAUUGGCUGUUUCUCUGCUGAUAUGUUUCUUGACCUUGGCCGUCUCUCCAAACUGAAUUUGUCUGGGAAUAUCUUUUCCACACUGCCGGAGGGUUUGUUCGCACAUGUCCCAUCUCUCAGAGCGCUGCACGUGGGCACAGACUAUCUGUUCUGUGAUUGUCAGCUGCGCUGGUUGUUGUCGUGGAUCAGAUCUCAGGCGGUGCGUUUGGGGAAUGAAUCCGUAUGCAUGUAUCCGACUCGUCUUCAUGGACUGGAGCUGCACAGUCUUCAGGAGCAGCAGCUCACCUGUGACGGCCCCCUGGAGCUCCCCGUCCUGCAGCUCAUCCCGACCCAGAGGCAGCUGGUGUUUCGCGGGGACCGUCUGCCGCUGCAGUGCACCGCCUCGUUCCUCGACCCAUCCGUCAGACUGUCCUGGAGCCACGAGCAGCGUUUAGUCCACACGCUGGAGCAUAGAGGGCUAUACGUGGAGGACAGCAUCAUUCACGACUGCUGCCUCAUUACCAGCGAGCUCAUCCUGGCCAACAUCGAUGCCGGCGUUUCCGGUAAUUGGCAGUGUCACGUGACCAGUUCUCGUGGUAAUAGCUCAAUCGGGAUGGAGAUCAUGGUGCUGGAGGCGACGGCGGUGUACUGUGGAGCCGAGAGGGUCAGUAGCAACAAGGGUGAAUUCAGGUGGCCAAAGACGUUGGCUGGUUUCAUGGCCUUCCUGCCGUGUGCUGUGUCCCGCUCUGACUCCGCCCCUCGGGAGAAAGGGGCGUGGCCCCGAACUGACGCCGCCCUUGUUGAGAAAAGGGCGUGGCGCAGGUGUGACCGUACGGGCCGCUGGGCGGAGCACGACUACAACCAGUGCUCAUACACCAGCCAGUUCACCCACAGCCUGCAUGAGCUCACACAGCGGUCGGUGAACGUCUCCAGCGCUCUGAUGUUGGCACAGCAGCUCUCGUCUCUCACCAGCAGAGCGGCGCUGUUUGGAGACGUGAUGGAUGUGAUAUUCGUCACUCAUCUGGUCGAGAGACUCACUCGCCUGGUGGAUCAUGUCAGAGAGCUGGCCGAUCACGUGUUGGACGUGGCCAGUAACAUGAUGGCGGUGGAGGAACAUGUUCUGUGGAUGGCUCAGAGCGAAGCUAGAGCAUGUACACGGAUCGUCCAGUGUGUGGAGCGGAUCGCAGACCUCACGCUCAGUGCAAACACCACCGGCAUCUCCAAGGUUUCGGUGAACAUCGCUCUUGAGGCGCAGCUGCUUUGGCCGGACGCUCUCAUGGGUUUAUUGUGUAUGGUGGAGCAGCGUUUGCCUCUGCUGCCCCCGCUGGCCAAUGCUUCACAGCACAACACCCUCCUCAACUUCAGAUGCCACACACUGAACGUCUCUGGGUCACCUGUGGGUCAGCUCAGACAGAACACGGUGGCCAUCGCCUCCAUACAUUUCCCGCUGGCUACCCCUCGGUCUGUGCAGAACUCCACCUGUAAGCUGCAGCUGAUCGUCUUCCGCAAUGGAAAACUCUUUCCGUGCACGGGGAAUUCGUCAAAUCUUGCGGACGAUGGCAAGCGCAGAAGCGUUUCGACACCAGUUGCGUUCACCAAAUUAGAUGGGUGUAGCCCCGGGAGCCCCGUGCAGCCGGUUACCGUCGCUCUCCGGCACUUCUCGUUGGGUGUAGACCCCACCGCGGCAUACUGGGAUUUUGACCUGCUGGAUGGACACGGCGGCUGGCGCGCGGAAGGCUGCCACAUAACGGGCUCGGCGCACAACACGACCACCAUCCACUGCGCGCACCACAACAACCUCGCCGUGCUCAUGGAUCUGAAGAAGGUGCUGUCGUUCCCUCCGUAUCCCGGAGAGUUCCUGCAUCCGGUGGUUUACGCCUGCACCGCCGUCAUGCUGCUCUGUCUGUUCGCCUCCAUCAUCACCUACAUAGUGCACCACAGCACAAUCCGGAUCAGUCGGAAAGGAUGGCACAUGCUUCUCAACUUCUGCUUCCACACGGCUCUGACGUUCGCCGUCUUCGCCGGAGGCAUCAACCGAAUCAAAUACCCCAUCAUCUGCCAGACUGUCGGUAUCGUCUUGCAUUACUCGUCUCUGUCCACGAUGCUCUGGUUGGGCGUCACGGCACGAAACAUCUACAAACAGGUGACCAAAACACCACAGCAGCCGCAGGACGGAGACCACGCGCCGGCUCACCCCUCCAGAUCACCCAUGCUGAGGUUUUAUUUAGUGAGUGCAGGAGUUCCCUUCAUCAUCUGUGGCAUCACAGCAGCCAUCAACAUGGAGAACUACGGCAGCGGAGAGCAGACGCCAUUCUGUUGGAUGGCGUGGGAGCCAAGUCUGGGCGCCUUCUAUGGUCCUGUGGCCUUCAUUGUGCUAGUGACCUGCAUCUACUUCCUGUGCACCAUCAUCCAGCUGCACAAACACCCCGAGCGGAAAUACGAGCUGAAGGCGGUGAGCGAGGAGCAGCAGCGUCUCUCUGACGUCCACCGGGGGGAGCCGGCGAGCGGUCAGUGUCACGGUGGCUGCCCGGGGCUCAUCAACCCGUCCAUGCUGGCCAACGAACACUCGUUUAAAGCCCAGCUGCGGACGGCGGCGUUCACACUGUUUUUAUUCGCAGCCACGUGGACGUUCGGCGCACUUGCUGUUUCGCAAGGACACUUUCUGGAUAUGAUCUUCAGCUGCUUAUACGGGGCGUUUUCCGUCACGCUUGGAUUGUUCAUUUUGAUUCAUCAUUGCGCAAAACGCGAUGAUGUCUGGCACUGCUGGUGUGCAUGCUGUCCCGGGCGACGCCCCUCAAACGCAUACCACGCCCACAUCCAUGGCCACGCCCACAAACUCAACAUAAACGGCGACGCCCACUCCCACUGCCAUCUAGAUGGUGGGAAACCCGUUCACUGCGCAUGUCACGCCGCCACGCAAAAUCAAGUGACAUUCCUGACGCCGGUUUCACCAUGUUGCGCUGCUCUGCAUACACAACAGCUCCUAGAAGACGAAACAAGUGCGCAUGUGCUUCUCCAUGAUGGCUACCGACCUGCCGUGCGAUUGCACCACUGCUCCAAACCCGUCAGGACUAAAACGAGGCACCAACGUGAACUAGCGUUGCACAUUCCCUCAGGAGCGGACGCCAUAAGCGUGCACAGCUCGCACGCUAACAGCCCACACGCCCACAUUUGCCACUUGGCUCACGAGGCGCUCACGCUCUGCCACCAUCAUCACAUGUGCUGCGCAAAAGACAAGCUCCCUGACGCAGGCGAGAGCUUUCUGUGCGGGAAACUCGCAGAAGACGAUUUGCAUCACGCACAAAUAGAGCUGCACGCCCGCAGACAGUCGCUGGCCAAUCAGAACGGCAUCCUGAAGGGAAACGCGCUGUAUCCUUCCGACAGCACGGGGAAUAUACGCACGGGACCCUGGAGAAACGAAACUACAGUGUAGUUCGACCCAGCACUAGGAUUUAAGAAAGGAACUUUGUUUUUAGGACCAUCACAAGCUCUUUCCUGCAUCAUUCAUCGUACAGGAUGAUUCUGCGGAUCGUACGAAUACGAGAACGAAAAACCCAGGGCCUCAUUUAUAAAACACAAAUAUAAUAAAUAUACAAAAAAGCUGAAGUCCGCAAAUGUCUUUGUAUAGAAGAUGUACAGCCAUCAUCACUGGGCAAGGAAAGCAAUUGUAUCAUUUGAAAUCCUUUUUUUAGGGAAUUUAAAUUUGUUUUAUUCCGGGUAUUUAGUUUUCUUUUUAGUUUUGUUUUAGGGAAAUCAUGAAUAAUUAAUGAAUU